AUGAAAACUGUUAGCUGGAACUGCAGGGGUUUGGGGAGCCCUCGUGCAGUUCGAGGCCUUGCGAGGCUUCUUAAAACUGAAAAUCCUCAACUUGUCUUUCUAAUGGAGACUAGGCUGAAGAAAGAUGAGAUGACGAAACUAAAAUUGAAGUUUAACUUUUCUUUUGAUUUAAUAGUGGAUUGUCGUGGGUCUGGUAGAGAAAGAUCUGGGGGGCUCUGUCUAUGGUGGAAUGAGGGUACUGAUAUCUCUAUUCAAUCCUCCUCUCCUAAUCACAUAGCGGGAUUCUGUCAACAAGAAGAUGAUGAUGAGCCAUGGUUUUUUGCAGGAGUGUAUGGUUAUCCGGAUGAGGCUAGGAAGAAGGACACAUGGAAACUGAUACAGGCUAUAAAUACGGAAAGUGGCAGCAAUAUAGUUUUCUUUGGAGAUCUCAACGAUAUAUUGUAUGAUUCUGACAAAAUGGGGGGCAACAUGCGAUCGGAUACUCAAAUGAAUUGGGGUCGGAGCACAAUGAGUGUUUGUGAUUUGCAGAAAGUCUGUUUCGAAGGAUAUCCCUUCACCUGGACUAAUGGAAGAGUGGGAGAUCAGAAUAUCCAAUGUAGGCUGGAUAGGAGUUUGUGUUCGACGAGUUUCAUACAUAAUUUCCCCCUCACCAAGGUGCAUCAUUUGGAGAGGUUCGGUUCCGAUCAUGCGGCGCUGCGUAUUCUGAUUCAAAAGGAGGCGGAUAAUGAUAGAAGGAGGUAUCUCUUUCGAUUUGAGGAGGCUUGGUCCAAGGAAAAAUCUUGCGGUAAUUUCGUGAGCCAUUUAUGGAAGAGGGAUCCUGGAAAUUUUCAACAGCAAUUGAGGUCUAUCUAG